AUGGCGCCCAUCGAAUAUGUCUUGAUCUAUCCGCUCUUUGGGAUCGUGGCUUUGGCCGUCGUUGUCCUGAUCAAUGACUAUCGGUUGUGGCAGCGUAUGCCGCCGGGCCCCCGUCCGCUACCGUUCAUCGGCAACCAGCAUCAAUUGCCAAAAUCGAAACCGUGGAUUCAAUUUGAGGAGUGGUCCCAAAGAUUUGGGCCCAUCUUCACCAUCUGGAUAGGCAGGCGGCCAACGAUUGUCUUGUCGGAUCCCAUCAUUGCGCAGGAACUGAUGGAAAAGAGGAGCGCAAAGUAUUCCUCGCGACCGCGCAUGAUUGCCAUGGGCGAGCUGUUGUGGAAAGGCGGUAGCAUUCUGGUUCAGCCGUAUGGAAAGGAAUGGAGUAUCCGAAGAAAGCUGCUUCACCAGGCUUUGAUGCCCAGGGCACUACAGGAAUAUCUGCCGAUCCAGGAAGCCGAGGCGACUCGUCUGUGUGCUCAACUGUUUGAAAAGCCGGAGAAAUGGGAGGCGCUAUUUGAGCGCUUCACCAGCAGUAUUGUAUUUUCCAUUGCAUACGGGCACCGGAUCGAUUCCAUGGGAUCAAGCGUCAUCAAGCAGCGCUUCGAGUUCAUGCAGUACUCGGCAAGCCUCAAUGUACCAGGGAAAUACAUGGUUGAAUCGAUACCAGCGCUCAAACACGUGCCCAACUUUCUUGCCCCCUGGAAGGCCGAUAUCGAGAGACAUGGAAAGAAAGAGGCUGAUGCGAACAUGGCACUGGUCGACGUUGUCCGUUCCGACAUUGCAAAGGCCAGGUCAUCUGGUGCAAUGGAUACUCUGCCAAAAUCUCUAUGCCGCUUGCUACUUGAAAUUCGAGAGCGAGAAGCCGGCGAGAUCCCCCUCUCGGAUCGCGACUUUUCAUUUAUCCCAGCCUCUCUAUUUGGCGCGGGGUCCGACACGACUGCAUCAACAAUGUGUAGCGCCAUUCUUGCCUUUGUGACUCACCCAGAUACUGCUCGGUGCGCCCAACUCGAGUUGGAUCAUGUGGUUGGAUCUGAUAGAAGUCCUACCUUUGCCGACGCGCCAAAACUCCCGUAUCUCACUGCUCUCGUCAAAGAAAUCCUGCGCUGGAGGCCAGUCGCAGUUCUUGGAGGCACGCCUCACGCAAGUACCAUGGACGACCACUAUAAUGGAUUCUUCAUCCCGAAAGGAACGACUGUGCUCGGGAAUUCGUGGGCCAUCAACAUGAAUCCCGAAUACUACCCCCGCCCGCAUGUUUUCGAGCCGGAACGCUUUAUUGAGCGGGGCGAGAAGAAUGCGACAGAGUUCCGAGGCCAGGCAUCACAUCCCUCCAAGUCUGGACAUUCAUCAUUUGGCUGGGGUCGCAGGAUCUGUCCAGGUGCCGAUCUAGCGUACAACUCGCUCUUCAUUGCUCUAGCAAAGUUGCUCUGGACUUUUGACUUUUCUGCGAUACCUGGUGUACGAUAUGAUAUAUUUGACUAUACUGACGGUUUCAACAUCAGACCGCGAAGUUUUCAAUGCAAGAUCCAAGUCAGGGACGAACAUCGAGCGCAUGUUAUAGGGAAAGAGACACAAGAUGCGGAGCGCUUUCUGGACAACUUUUCACCAUUCGACUGA